GAACAUUUUGUCUAUGCUUCAAGUAAAUGCUGUGAGAACGCACGGGCAGUCCGAAACCGUGACCGUUCGAUUGAAAGUGCAGGUCCGUUUAACAGCCACCUGCACCAUUUCCAGCACUUAAUUCUUACGAGUACUGCGUUCGCAGGCCCGGUGACUACUAGGCAUCUACCUGGCUCGAACUACAAUAGCACCUGGUCAAGGCGGUUUCCUAACAGACGGAUUCUCGCAUUCACCAAGAGAGAUACAUUCAGUGCAACUAUGUCAUCUAGCGAGUAAUAGGCGUGCCCAGCUGCGCGGGCGUCGGGCGUGAUGGCACCUCGGUCUCCUGGACCAGAGAAAAUUGCGAGGCUCCCACGACUCGAUGAGGCUCUUAAGGCCAAGGCCACACGCAGCUGCGAGACGUCCAACAUCCGCGGCUGGCUGCACACGCACCGCAUGAUCGGAACUGUGGAUGAGCUGCAUCCGGCAGUCGAGCGCCUCAUUGCCAAGUGGUUCGAGCUGGUGGAUGACGACGGGUCGGGGACCCUCAGCAGGAGUGAGCUCUUUGAGGCGCUCAAGGCGGCGCAGGUGCCAUGCGAUGACGCCACCAUCACGAGCCUCAUUGACCUGAUGGACAUCAACAAGGACGGCCUGAUCGGCUGGGAUGAGUUUGAGAUGUUCUUCACAGAGGAGUUCGUGCUGGGCAAGAACUUGACCGGCGGCGAGUACCUGUUGCCCACUGGUAUGGCGCUGCCGUUCGGGGCCAUGGUGGACAAGCUCAGCCGCGACCGACUCAUGCAGGAGAUCAUGACGCCUGGAUCCAACCGAAACCGCUGGGCCGACGUGGCUCGGGACCCGGAAGCGCUGUCCGCCGCCAUGUCCGCCAUCCGCAAGGCGCGUGAGGUGGCCAAUGCCGCACACGACGCGAUGUCCGGCACACAGGCCAGCCAGGCCCAGCCGCUCACACCGCGCAAAGCACUGACCCAGGCCAUGCUAGAAGAGAUCUCAGCAGAGAAGCGAAAGAGCGAGGCGGUGAUGGCGGCGGCGGCGGCCGCCGCAGCCGCCGCGGCGGCCGCCGCAUCACCGCCGCGUGCCGACCGCAGCAGCCGCAGCAGCACACCUGUGCCCAUGGGCCGGACAGAGUCGUUGGGCGGCAUGCGCAGCAGCAGCAGGAGUGGCACGCCCACUGCCAUGACGCCUCUGCCGCCCGGCCUGACUGCGGCGGCGGCGGCUCCAGGCGCCGUCCGGCUCCGAGCGCCCCCUGGUGACCAGGGCCAGGAACUGCUGCGGCGCACGCUGUCGCUCUCGCAGCCAUCCCUGAAUCGCACACAGCCCCUGGAGCAGACUCCCUCGCAGCCACACAACACUUUCUUCGGCUCUGGCGGCGGCGGCGGCGGUGUCUCACCACCAGCAGGCAUGCAGUGGCAGUCGUCCCACUCAUCCAGCCGCCGCAGGGCCUCGUCCAGUCCCUUCACACCACAGUCAGGAGCAGGCACGGCAGGUGUGGCGCCCGCACACGCACGCUGCGGCACACCUACGCCACCAACCCAUGGGAGCUCGGAAAGCCAACAGCGGCUGCCGCAGCAGCAGCUUCUGCGUGUGGGUCAGGCGGAGGUGGAGGUGGAGGUGGAGGACGCGCAGCGGGCGCUGCUUCGUAUGCAGCUGCGUGCGCACAGCUGCACGGAGCUGCUUCCCUCGCAACAGCCGCAUCAUGGCCGUGCGCAGCCGCUCUCACCCAGCUCGCACUCUCAACCGCAGCAACCGUCGCAGCCUGGACAGGUGCCCCUGUCUCCGCAGCCGCAGCCGCCACAACUGCCACCCAAGCUGGGCUUUGUGUCAGCCUCCGCCUCCGCCGCAGCAGGGCCCGGCAGCUGCUACAGCCCCGGGUCUGUCCGCGCCGGCCGAGCCCUCAGCAGUAGCACCACUGGCUUGUGCACCGGUAUGACAGCAGUGGCGCCCACCAGCCCUGGACCCGCAUCCAGCGCAGACCCUGCUGGGCUGUCGCCGCCGCCUCGGGUGCUGCUGCCGCCGUCCCCUGGCGCCGCUCGCGGCGCCACGUCCCCUGGGCCAGGUGCCAGCACCGCGUUUGCCGGACACGAGGGCCCAGCGGCGGUCCCCCGACAACCAGACCCGCGGUUGGACCCGCCGCAGCAGUCGCUUGACUCGGCCUCCUCGCUCGUCCUCGGCGACCUACCGCUGAUACCCAUCUGGUGGGACUCGGUCGAAUUCCCGGCACAGGACAAAUCAGGCGCCGGAAUCCGGGCCGGGUGCGCCACAGCGCCGCCGACGGCGUUGCGGCGGCCGCCGCCGCCACCGCUGCAGCUGGGGUCGCCGACAGGCGCGCCGCCCGUGUUGGGCCCGCCGCCUGUGGUCUCCAGGACUGGGCGGCGACGGUCCGUUGUAGACGCGCCCAGUCCUUUGGGCCGUGCAUCUGGAGGCGACCUGCCGAGCCCGGUCACACGCUUGCUCCAGCGCACCGGCUCGGAGCAGUCCGGGGCCGGAAGCAGCACCACGCACGGCGGCAGCGGAGGCGGCAGCAGCACCGGGAGGUUUCAGGGUGGGCUCAGCAGCCCCGUCCUUGGCGCCAGUGCCCGUGCUGCUGCCAGUGGCGGAACAAGCCCCGGUGCGCCGCCGCUGAGCCCAACGCCCUCGCCGAGCGCAGCGGCUCAGGCAAUCGGUGGCGGUCGGCCACACAUCAUGUCCCCGACCUUCGCCUCCGCCAACCACCGCCGCAUACCGCAUCGCACGCGGAGCGUGGUUGGACAGAUGGCGGAGAGGAUUACGGAGGAGCGUAAGGCAGCAGCAGCGGCAGCAGCAGCAGCGGCAGUACUGCAGCCGUCCGUAGCCGAUGUUGCGGCGGCAGUAACCGCCGCAGCGACGCGCGGCUACAGCCAGCAACACCAGUCAGGCGCAGCUGACGGCGCUACAGCCAGCGGCGCGCCCGGCCCGUGGUGCUACAGCAGCCCGGACCGGAGCCGCAGUAGCCUGGGUGGCACGGGGUCGCAGUUCGGUAUGGGCGGCGCAGGCACUGGCGUGGGCCUCAGCUCGGGCGCAGCAGGUGGGGCAGCAAUGGGAAUCUCGUGUUGCAGCGACGGCGGCAAUCGCAGCGCCGCCGGCAGCCCUCAGACCUUCAUCGCCCCGCCUUUGAUGCCGCCGUCUGCGGCUGCAGCAGCUGCCGCCGCUGCGGCCCCCACCGCCGUGCCGGAGCUUUUGCACCACAUGCUGCAUACGCGCUCCGCCGUCUUAGGCCAGCAGCUGCCAGCGGGUGCGGGGGCGUGCGAGUCCGCCAACUCAAUGUCUGACUGGCACGAGUAUUCGGAGCCCGCAGCGGAGCGCCGCGAGCACCUACUCCACAAUACUGCUGACGCCGGCAGCGCAGGGGCUGAAUCAAGUGAUGACGAUGCUGGGCUAGCUGGGCUGUCCUCGGACUAUCUCUACCCCCGCAGCAGCCUGCGCCGCCAGCAGCCGCUGCAACACACACCGCAGCAGCUACAGCCACUGCUGCAGGCAUCACAGUCGUCGCGGUCGUUCAGGGCGGAACAGCAGCAGUUGCAGCCGCAGCAGCUACAGCCACAGCGGUUGCAGCCGCAGCAGCUACAGCCGCAGUCGGCUAGCAGCCCCAAUCAGCCCCGCGCACCCGUGGUGCCGAAACUGCGGCUGCCCGCCAGCACCGCCGCUUCUCCCCAGCAGACACUCACCCAUGCCGCCUCGGCGGCGUCGCUAGGCAAUGGCUCUUUUAGCGAUGACAACCGCGGCCGCCUGAUGGUGGUCAACGACGUGGUCGCACAGAUUGUGGAGCAGCACGAUGCGGCCACAGCCGCCGCCGCCGCGGCGGCGGCGAAGCUGGCCCCCACACGGCUGACCUACAGCGGCAGCGCCGCCAAAGCUUUGCCCGUGCUGACUGACGCCGACGGCAUGAACGGCUACCUGGAGGAACUGCUACUGCCGCCUGCACACACAGGGGCGGCGCAGCUGCAGCAGCGGCGGCGCACAACGCCGCUGAGGCUGGCCACCCUACCGCCGCCGCCCUCGCCACCGGACACGGCACGCACACGCGGCCUCAAGGCAACGGUGGCAACCGCGAUGGCCACGAUGGCCGCAGCGGCGGCGCUGGAGGAGCAGUGGAGUGAGGAGGCGCAGCGCGGAGGGGAAGGCGGGAGUUGUAGGGAUGCAGGGCCGGGAGCGGGGAGGGGGAGCCAGCAGCAGUCACGCAGUGCCUCGGUUCAGGGGCUGGGGCAGGGACAGCAGGGGCAGGGGCCGCUGGGGGGCGAGGCGUCGCGGCUGCGGCUGCCGGAGGCGCUUGUGCGGGAGGUGGUGUCGAGGGGGAGGGGUAGGAGCUAGUGCUGGCUGAGAGGUGGAAGGGGCAUUAACUUGCUGCAGUAUAUUUGGCUGGACGACUGCAGCAUGAAGCAUUAAUGCGAUGCGUGCUGCUGAGUGCUGACAAAGCUACCGAGGCUGUGUUAUGGCCAGGUUAAAAGAAGUUCUGUAC